UCAUCAAGACGGCUUACUCAACUUGUUGGUUCAUGGGAAAUCGAUGAAACAAUUUUUCUUCAAAGUAUAGCUCGGCUUGAGACAAUUUUACGCCAAGAUAUUUACAAAACUGAUAAGCAAGACACAAGAGGACGUCGAAAAAAAAAAGUUGUAGUACAUAAAUUAGUAGCUCCAUCACCAUCAAAAAAUCAAGUUCAACAAUCACAAAGUAAUCAGAUUAGAAGUGACAAUGCGAGACAGCAAUCUAAUGAAGAUAAUCAAUGUGUAAAGUAUCAACGUAGACAUACGACAAAUAGUGAAAAAGUGAUACUCGAAAGUAUACUUUCUUUUGAUUCUUUCCCUGAAGACAUAGCUAUCGAAACCUUAAGAGAGCUUCAGGAUUGUAGUAAUAAUUGGGAUAUGCAACGUAUUCGAACAUAUUGGAAAAACAAUCGUAUCAACAAACGAAGAAAAACAAUUUAA